GUGAAGAGGGAUAUUAUCGAUUACAUGUCCUGAUAAUAUCCCACUUUUCGACCGCAAUUGUUGUAUUUAACUUUGUUUUGACUGAGUCACCAGGACACGGAUGUAACUAGUCCUUGGUCUUAAAACUGGAUUAAUAUACUAUAAAUAACUAUUCUGUUGUGUCUCAGCGUUAACUUGUAGUGUAAAUAUUGACAGAGUACUAUAGUAUCUAAUCGUCGGCCAACACGCCGUAAAAUUUUCAAUACCUGUGUUGCCCUACAUCUAUUGUAAAAGUACGUACUACCUGUUUCCUGCUUUCAUUGGAUUGAAAGCGGAUUUACAAUGGCAUAUUGAUCGUAUUCUUACUUAGGAAAUUUAAUGAUUGUUUAUAACACGCGAACAAGGGACAAUUUGUUUUAUUGAUAGUGAACUACAAUGGUAAAAUGUCUCGGACGUUGGGGAAAACAUGAUCUGAAACAGAGUUCAGGAAGCCAUACAGUUGUGACGUGCUCGUCGGCGGUAGAAGGAAAUGUUUCGAACCGGCAACAUACCGAUAUUAACGAUGAAGAUGAAGAAGAGACGGAGGAAUUGGAGAUUUGUUGCUUGAGUGGAUGUCUUACAACAAUAGCCGUCGGUAUCUUGUUUUUCCUGGCUUUACCGACAGGUAUAUUACUGUGUGUUUUUGCAUCAUCAAACAAGGACGCAGAAGUACUUGUUGUUGGGAUAGUAUUAGCAGUCAUUCCUAUCAUAUUACUACCACUUAUUGCUGUCAUUCUUUAUAACCGCCGCCGGAUCCGACGGCUUAGAAAGAGGAAAGUUUCGUCCUCGCCAGAAAACAGAGGAGCCAACAGAACCCGUUACUGACCUUUGACAUUUAGAACGAAUGGCAAGGAGGGAAGCAGUCAAAAAAGUUUUUCGUUAUAUGUUUUCAAAUGAAGUUUUGUUAUACGGAUGACACCAUCUUUGUACUUUUUGAAAUAUUUGACCAAAGUUACUGAUUAUCAACAGCCAUGAUUUUCUUAUUUGGUAUACAGUUUAUAUCUUAUAGUGAUAUAUAGUUUAUAUCUUAUAAUGGUAGUUAGUUUCAUUUGAAUGUGUGAAAGUAAUUUUGUUAUUGUUUAGUUUAAAGGUGGCUUCUCUUUUAGUUACAGUAUUUUAUACAUAGAAACGUCUUUUUUAUUUUGUAGAGAAUUUUUGUUAGACUGUAGUCUUAUAUACAGGGUUUCCUUUACUUAAUUUAUUUGUUCUUAUUUUUGGUAUUCUUCUGCACGAGUGUUUUUCUUUUUAUUUCUUAUCGCAUAGUGCGGCAAUUUUCCUUUGAUCUUUGCAGUAUGUUAUACAUAGUAACACACAUUAUUACUACAAAACUGUGCUGAUAUCUUACAAAACUGUUGCGAUAUAUAUCAACACGGAAAUCUCUAUGGUGUUUCAUAAGAAAAAAAGUGUUCCGAUAUAUAUCAGCACAGUAAAACUGUUCCGAUAUAUAUCGGAACACUUUUUCUCUAUUGAGGUCCUAUCAAGGGAGUAUAAUUUUUUCCUUUCAAAGAAAAGAUUAUUUUAGCUCCAAUUUACAGUUCACAGAGAAAGAAUUGUCACAAACACCUACAUUUAUAAAGUAAAAGAAUAAAUAAACUAGAAUAUUUCAAAAACUUGAUAGUUAUUGCCAAAUUCAGAAAUACAUGAAAUAUAUGAAAUUCUGAGAUUUCUCAAAUGGUUUCUUUUGAUUUUUUUUACAAACAAAACAACAAGUUUUACAAUAUGUCUGGCCAAUGAAAUGCAAAGAUUUAAAACCAAAGCAGAAAUUUGUUGGGUACUUUUAUCUGGGGAACACAUUUUCUAAAACAGAAGUUUUAGUGUUUCAAUCAGCGAGGCGCAGAAAGGGAAUCAAAAUAGUAAAAAUAAUAAUAAACAAAUUUAAAUGAAAAUAAUAUAUAAAUUUUAAUGAUAAACUAUGCGAUAAAACAGUUAUAAUAUGUAAUGCUCGUGUGUUACCAGGAUAUAUCAGAGCUAGGGGUACAUCUCGUUAUUUUUCUCUUCACAUAUCUGUCUCGGCCUACCGGCCUCGACGAUAUGUGCAGAGAAAAAUACCCUCGAUGUACUCCUAGCUCUGAUAUAUCCUGGUAACACACUGUCACACAUACUAUAACUAUUACUUGUCAUACGUGACCAUGCUCAUAAAUCCUUUCGGGGUAGAUUGUUAUUUGGACAUAUUUACCCUUUUCUGUUGUAAAACCGAUUUUACAUCAAUCUUUUGUCACUGUUAUUAUUGUUUUGCACAUUUUUAUUUUGAGUCUUACGACUUUUUACACAUUUUUAUGAAGUUUUCCUUAUUAAUUUGUUUUCGUAAUUGAAGAACACGAUUGUUAUCUAUGCAUCACCGAAGCAGGUCUUCUUAACAUCGUUAUGUGUAUAAAUAUUUUCUUGUUAUUUUACUGAUCUUAAAAAUAAACAAAAUAUAAUUUUGAAA